GCUGGAUGAGGCUGACGCGCACUGAGCUGCUGCUGCUGCUGCUUCUCCUCCAGGGCUCUCAGAGGGAUGGAGGGACUUUUUGCGUCACGGUGAAACGAUGGAUUUCCCCUCUCAUCUUCACAUUUUGGGUUCGUUCAAACCGGGGGUUGAGAUGUCCGACCUCCACAACCGGAGCCAAACCAGCGCGCGUCGCGGGGAAUACGUGUGGCAGUAUGAGUAUUAUGACGACGAGGAGCCCGUGUCUUUUGAGGGACUCAGGGCGCACAGAUACUCCAUCGUCAUCGGCUUCUGGGUCGGACUCGCUGUGUUUGUCAUCUUCAUGUUCUUUGUGCUCACGCUGCUCACGAAGACCGGAGCUCCACAUCAGGAAAAUCCAGAGUCUGCUGAAAAGCGGCAUCAACCAGGGAGAUGUCUGGUGGACCUCGGCGGUGUCCAGGAUGAAAAUGAAAAGGCCUUCUCUCGUCCACUGCUAGAGGGGUCCCGCUCGUAUUUUCAUUUCUUUAUCAACGAGGAGGAUCAGGGUGAGGGGAAACAAAACCCAGAAGAUAAGAAGUUUGGGAGGCACACGGGGGCUGUAGCCCAGCAGGGCACCUGCAACCAGCCCAGAGGAAUCAUGGAUGAUAUGGAGGAGGAUAUUGAGGAAGCUGGGGGACACCACCAACCUAUGAUGGGACUAAUGGAGGAGAGUAAGAGAGACAGAGAGUGUGCCUCCAUGUCCCACUUCAACAUCCCUAAUUUUGUGAGUUUGGAGCACAGCUCAACACUUGGGGAGGACGAUUUGUAGAGCGAGAAGCACGUCAUACUGAAACAACACCGUGACUCCCUGUGACAUCUACUAACGCUGUUACUACAAAACAUAAAAAGGACAUAGUUAUUUAGUUUGAAUUUCCUUUCAUAGGUCCAUUUGUGACUCAGAAAAACACUAACCUGCCACACAACACUACCAUUUUCAUUCUGUGUUUUUCAGCAUUCUUUCAGAUCGGCCAGUAAUCUGCACUUAUGCUGCCCGACAGUUCCUUAUUAAGUGCAGCUCUGUUUUAAAAAGACAUUUCAUUCCUGUUAAACAGUAGCUUUUACUUCAGCUCCUCCGAGGGUGGCUUCUGGAAAAGAUGAAUUACUACACCGGAGCAGAUAGAAAAAAAUUCACUAGAGAGUGAUGUGCUGUUGAAUUGCUUUUUUGUGCAAUCCUGGAGGGGGGACAUUUUCUCUGCAACUCUGUCAACAAAGAAGAUUAAAAACAUAGGAUUGUAUUUGCUCUAAAAUGGAAUGUGAAGUGUAUUUUUACUGUGGUAGCACCGAAUCAAACAUAUCAUUGUUCCUUUACAGGGUAUAGGCAACCAGAGGCCAUGGAUGAUAAUGUGAAUAACUGCUGAUGUUGAUGACUAAUAAAGCUGAUGUGAUUUUGGAAGU